UUCCGGGGUUAGGGGUCGCGAGGUGGCGGCAUGAGUUCGCAGCGGGGGAAUGUGGCGCGCACGCGGCCGCAGCGCCACCAGAACGCCGGCGCCUUCUGCAACGACAAGUACGGCGCGAGCGCGCAGUGCAAGAAAAUAAAUGCAAAACUUCAUGAUGGAGUUUGUCAGCAUUGCAAGGAUGUCUUGGAGUGGCGUGUAAAGUUCAGCAAGUACAAACCACUAACAAAACCAAAAAAAUGUGUCAAAUGCCUCCAGAAGACUGUAAAAGAUUCUUACCAUAUUAUUUGUAGACCAUGUGCUAGUAAAUUAGAUGUUUGUGCUAAGUGUGGAAAAGGAGAAGAAAUUGUAAUCCCGAUUGACAAAGGAUCAGAACAAACUGAGAAUGCAGCAGAUGAAAAUGACCAAAGGCAGAGGAGUAGAAAACAUCAAUUGGAGGAAGGUGCUGAUGAACCAGAUUUUGACAUUUUCUUAGAUGACGUGGAGGAUGAUGAUGAUGAUCCUGAUGUGUUCAAGGAAAAAUUUAAAAAUAUGAAAAUUGAAAGGAGUCUGAAAAGCUGAAGUUCAAAAGGCUGUAAAGAGACUGUACAAUCAGAGGAAAAAGUUUUCUGUCUUGUAUUUCCGCUAUGAAAAUGAAGCCUGACAUUUGAGGACUCAAAACACUCCUAAUAUAUAUAAUGUCUGCUCUUUGUAUCUAUUGAAGUUUCUCUUGUUUAAUAACAUUUUGUGUAAAGAGCAGCGUUUUUCAAUGUAAUAAGUAGAUUUUGAUUCUUUUUAUAUACAAUAUAUCUGCUUCUGGAGAAAAUUGAUAGGAUAAUUUUUAAAGCAUAGAAAUAGAAUAUCUUGAAAUUAGAAUUGUCUCAAAUUCAGUAUGAUGUGAGCAACUGACAGCAUCACCUAGUAAUGCAUCUUUCCUUCCUUUUUCAUGUCCUUGUGCAAGGUAUUUAGCAGAACUCACAGAUUUAUUGGAUUCUGCCAGGCCUUGCUGUGAGUGCUUCUGCUGUAGCCUUGAACUUGUGACCUUUGGGCGAUCAACUGUGCACCUUAGCACCUGCAUCCUCCUCCCCCCCCCCCCCCCGAUGCACUUUUCUUGCUACAGUGGUUAGUGCAGUGUUGGAAUUCUUGAUUCUUAUUCUAGUUCAGAUACCAUUUCUUUAAUGAAUUCUGAGCAAUUAAAGUAUUUUGCAUAUGGAGAAAUAUUAAAAAUAUGGAGUAAAAAAGUCAUAAUAAGGAAAAGGCUUGUAAUUGUAAUAAGUUUUGUUUUUUAAAGAUUCAGCAAACCCUUUGAAGACAAGGCCUUUGUAAUGUUGCUGGGAAUAGAAAAUGGUUCAUUUAGUAUGGAAAUGAAAGCAUCUAUCAAAACCUUUUGAUAAUUAGUCAGUGUACUCUUAUCUGUCCAGUGACUCUGUAGGCUCUAUGGCCACAAAUGUGUGAUGUUCUAAGUUAGGAACUCCCCACUACACAAAAGCCUGGAAGCCCAUAGGUCAUUGUCCUGUCUGACUAAAGCAAUGAGCCAUGACAAACUUUGCAUGCCUAAACUGCCCACUUUUACAUCCCCAUUGGAAAGUUAUGCUUUGAGUUCAACAUCUUGGCUCCCACGAAAGUGGGGAAAAAACAAUGUCAUAACCUGCAUUUUUCAUUUGAUUGACAAAAAGAAUUGCAGUUGCCAAAUUGUGAAAGGAGUUAUGUAUUAGGUGCGAGGCAAGCAAAAGUGGAUAUUUUGCCAAAAGUGAGGCCUAAAGCGAAGAGUUCUGCAUAAAGAGCAGCAACAUUAAGAGCUGAAAAGUAUUUAUUUGGUCUAUUGCAAAUCUAAAAACCAUUUUACUCAAUGUAAGUUUUGUCAUCUGUAGUAUAGGUUAAAGCAGGGGUAUCAGAUCUGGAACCAGGGGCUAGCAGGGGCCCAGAGGCAACAGCAGGGGUACAGUGACCACAGGGCAAGCAAUGGGUGAAUCUGCAAAACCCUCACUUGCCCCUUUUGCCAACAAUGGCUAUGUCCAUUGGGGACCCAGAACUUCUGGUAUCCUGGCAGGCCAGAUGGACCAGCUUUGCAGGCUGGGUAUGGCUUAUGGACCAUUCAGUUGACAACCCCAGUUUAAAUCAUUUGAACCUAAAAUAAACAAUAAAGGAAGUAGAAGUAUAAAAACCAAAAGGCUUUUAAAGCUGAGGCUGCUUUGGCAAAUGCAUUCCCAUCCUUCUGUGGGAAACAAGACCUGGAUUCGGCAGUAACUUUAGCCUAUGCCAGUCAAGGGAACACUAAGAUCUUCUGGAAAUGAUAUUUAUGAAUGGUGGGACUAAAGCAAAGAUAGAGAAAAAAGCAGAUAUCAAGAUGGUUCUAUAAAUGUUUAGAGAAUUGAUGGUCAUAAUAUAAUGUCUUCUUUCUGACACUGGACAAUAAUAGAAGGACCUUAAUAAGAAGUUAGUGGAGGUGGUAUAUGUAAGGAGCAAGUGACUACUGUGGUUUUUACUUGCUUUGAUGGGAAAACCAAUUACAUAAUCUGAAGGGAUCCCCAUUACACAGGACAUGAAGAUUAUUUCAACUUUCCUGUCUGCUAUAGCUCUUUAGAUUGGUUUCUGCAAAAUGUGCUCAGAAGAGAAAAAGCUUGAAGAAAAAGGGAACAAAAAUGUGGCAUGGAAAAUCUGCCACAGGGGAAGAGGUGGAAAGGUUUAGGACUGUUCAGUUAGGAGAAAAGUUAGGAGAAGUGUGAUAUUUGUUAAGAUACAGAAUGAUGAAUGGUAACUAGAGAAGGUAAAUAGGAUGCUUUGCAACACAAAAACAAGAAUACACCAAAUGAAGAUGAAAGGUGAUAGGCAAAAUGGAUAACAAAAACAUCUGUCUUAAACUAGUAUUUAUGCUUGUUUUUUUUAUAUAGUUUCUUAGGAUUAGGAAUAAGUGUCUCUUAUGGACAGGUUAUGUUAUUAAUAAACAUAAAGACUUUAAAAUAAUCUAUUACAGAUUAUAUAAUUGAUUACGUGAAUUCUUCCACCUUCUAUUGGGACAUUUGAUACUAGAAAUAAUCAUAGAAUCAUAGAAAAUUAGGGUUGGAAGGGACCUCAAGAAGGUCAUUUAGUCUGACCCCUUGCUCAAAGUAGCACAAUCCCCAACUAUAUCACCCCAGCCAAGGCUUUGUCUAAAAACCUCUGAUGAAUGAUGGAGAUUCCAUAACCUCUCUUAAUAGCCUGUUCCAGGCUCCCCUGUACUACCCUCCUGGUGGGAAAGUUUUUCCUAAUAUCUAACCUAAAGGCCCCUUGCUGCAACUUGAGACGGUUGCUCCUUGUUCUGUCAUCUGCCACCACAGAGAAGAGUCUAGCUUCAUCUUUGGAACCACCUUUCCGGUAAUUGGAGGCUGUUAUUAAAUCCCUUCUCAGUCUUCUCUUCUCCAAACUAAAUAAGCCCAGUUGCCUCAUCCUCUCCACAUAAGUCAUGUGCCCCGGCCCCCGAGCCAUUUUUAUUUCCCUUCAUUGGACUCUCUCCAAUUAGUCCACAUCUUUUCUGUAGUGGGGAAACCGAAACUGGACACAGUACUCCAGAUGUAACCUUACCAGUGCCAAAUAGAGAGGAAUAAUCACUUCCCUCAAUUUGUUGGUAACACUUGCUAAUGCAGCCCAGUAUGCCAUUAGCCUUCUUCGCAACAAGUGCACGCUGUUGGCUCAUAUUCAGCUUACUGUCCACCAUAACCUCCAGGUCAUAUUUUGCAGAGCUGUUGCUUAUGCAGUCGGUCCCCAGCCUAAAUGAGUGCAUAGGAUGGUUCUGUCCCAGGUGCAGGACUUUGCCCUUUUCCUUAUUGAGCCUCAUGAGAUUUCUUUUGGUCCAAUCGUCAAAUUUGUUUAGGUCUCUGAAUUCUAGCCCCACCCCUGAGUGUAUUAUGCUCCCAGCUUGGUGUCAUCUGCAGAUUUGCUGAGGGUGUACUCCAUCCCAUCUUUCAGGUAGUUGAUGAAAAUAUUGAACAAAACCAGCCCCAGGACUGACUCUUGGGGUACACUUGAUACUGGCUGCCAACUAUACAUCAAGCCAUUGAUUACUAUGCUUUGAGCCUAAUGAUCUAGCUAGGUUUUUAUACACCCUACAGUCCAUUCAUCCAACCCAUACUUUCUUAUCUCCCUUGCAAGAAUGUUGUGGGAGACUGUAUCAAAAGCCUUGCUAAAGUCAAGGUAUAUCACAUCCACUGGUCCACAAAGCCAAUCAUCUCAUCAUAGAAGGCAAUCAAGUUGGUCAGGCAUCACUUGCCCUUGGUGAACCUAUGCUGACUGUUCCUAACUACCUUCUUCUCCUCCAAAUGUUUAGCAAAUGAUUCCUUGAGGACCUGCUCCAUGAUUUUUCCAGGGACUGAGGUGAGGUUGACCAGUCUGCAGUGUCUGGGGUCUUCCUUGCCUUUUUUCAAGAUAGACUGUAUAUUUGCCCUUUUCCAAUCAUCCAGGAACUCUCCUGAUCUCCAUGAGUUUUCAAAAAUAACGGUCAGUGGCUCUGCAAUUAUAUUGGCCAAAUCCCUCAACACCCUCAGGUGCAUUGUGGACUUGUUACAUGACCAGCUUUUAAAAAUAGUCCCUAAUCUGUUCUACCAUUGUUGGCUGCUUGCUUCUCCUGCAAACUGUACCGCCAGGUGCAGUAGUCUGGUAGCUGACUUUGCUUGUAAAGACAGGUAAAAAAGGCAUUGAGUACUUCAACCUUUUCUAGGUCAUCUGUCACUAGGUAGUUGCCCCCAUUCAGUAACAGACCCACACUUUUUCUGAUCUUCCUCUUGUUACUGACAUACUUGUAGAAACCCUUCACUUCCCGUGCUCACUGCAACUCCAGUUGCACUUUGGCCUUUCUGAUUUCACCCCUGCAUGCCCGAGCAAUAUUCUUAUACUUCUCACAGAAUGCUAGAUUAAAUAAGUGGCUGGUCUAGUAUUUACAUUAUUUACCAUGGAAGAAUCUCAGUGUCAUUUCUAUGCUGCAACAAAUAUCUUUGUUUUGGCGAAGAUGCAUAUAGGGUUUCAUUUGAUUUUAGUUUCAUAGUAAAACUUUGCAAGACCAUCAUCAUAAUACUUUGUGUAAGGGUGACUACUAACAGUAGAAGUUACUGCUUCAUGUGGAAGAUCACUGGAGCACUGCUUAGAAAAGUCUUGAGUCCCAGGUUUCCUUGAAGAUAUGGAGAACCAUGCAGAUUCCAGUCCUGGGUAGAUACACACAAUAUGAACAUGAAAACCAGUUGCUGCUGUAAUGAAAAUGUGUUGUAGUGAUUUAUCAACAAUAAAAACAUGAAUUCUCCCCAGCACAGCUAUUCAGAGUUGUUAUCUUGAGAAGGUAGGCUGUACUCUAGCAUUUAAAAUCGGUUCCUAUUCUCAGUCCAUGCAGUCAGUUAGCCCAGUCUAAUUGCCAUAGGCUUUAUACAUCCUUUAGCAUAGUGGGUCUCAACUUUUCUGGAGUCAAGGCACUCCUUCACAACUUUUGUGAAUUAAGUGGUGCCUAAUUUGAAACACUAAUAUAUAUAUAUCACAGUGCCUACCUUCUUCCAGAGGGUCCAGGCCAUAGGAUGUGGAAUUGACCAGACAAGGAGAAGCCUGAGCCUGCACUAAACUUCUCACACUUCAUGGCACCUUUCAAAAGAUCUGGUGGUAGCCCAGAGUACCACAGCCCCCUGACUGAGAAUCACUGUGCUAGUAGGAAAAUAAGGUUCAGAAUGUCUGAAUACUCUAAAUUUUCUUCUGGGUUAAAAGUUUAAAAACCAGAUGGGCUGGUUUCUUUGGUGGGAGUAUAUACUAUAGUACAAGGUCUUGAUAUUGAAUUCAGUGCAAGUACUUGUGAAGCUGUAUCUAUUCUCAGUAAAAAUAUUCCAAAGUAUGUCCAAAAAUGAACAGUGCAUAAAACCCAUGGCAGUAAAAUAAUCAUUUUAUGAUCGAUUCCAUUAUAGCUUUUUCAUGCAAGUUUCAUUUAAUAAACCCUGGGUUGCUCAGUCGCAGAAAUGGAAAGCAGACUUGGCACUUUUAUUAUCCUGUCUAAUGGGAAGCAAGUAGAUGUUGUCUGGACUCUGAACUAAAGGUCAAGCUUCAUGGUGGUCAGAGAAGUUUUUCCUCUAGGACAGCAUUAACAUCUGCCUACCCACCUAGAGGUUGACGUCAGUAAAGGUGUAGCGAAAACAAGAAUUGCAAAAUCCAGGGGUAUUUUUAUGUAAUUUGGAAUUAAUUUCAGAAACAUGAAAUGGAAACAAUACAUUGCAUACUCAGUAAAUUUCACACUUGAGUGAUUUACAUAUGACAAACAUCCUUUUAGUAAGCAAAAAAUAUUACUGGAAAAACUCAGUAAUGCCCUGGCCCUUUACCCAAAGGUGAGAGGAAAUCCUGAAAUGAUAGGGAAGUACGUCAUGGAGCUGGCAAUCUCUGCAUGAUAGUAGAAUUAAGGGAAGGGUUUUGUUGUGGUGGUGACACAAGCUAUCGGUGCUGUAACAAGAUCUGAUGAGCAGAUUGACAAUGAGUAACAGGGUAAAGCAGGAACACAAAAGACCUACUCAUCUAGUUCAAUGUCUUUCCAUCAUUUAACUGAUUUACUGUUGUGAAUCCAGGUUGAGUUUAAACCUAGCCAUGCCUUCCAUCAUACACAGCGUUAUUAAGGUCUGUUUUACCGCCAUGGCUAACAAUGGUGUCCUUCCAGUUGUGUUAGCAAUAUGGGGGACCUUUGUUUGGACAGCUCUUGGGUUGUGUCAACCAUUUUCAACAACUUACCAAGAACUGAAUUGUUUGUUAUGGCACUGAAUGUGACAGCCAAAGCCAUCAUAUGACAGUACUAACAUUGCCAACUUAGUGGCCAUUUAUUGUAAAAAGAGCUCUUCUUGUAGAUGUGACCUAAAGAAUUAUUUGAAAUGCCUUGAGUGAAUUAUAAAGGGAAAUUACAUUUUAAGUCAAAAUUGUUCCUUUAAUAUUCUUGCUUCUACAUGCCCAAUUUGUAAUUAAACCUAGAAUAACCUUGCAAUUAUCCUCAGGUUUACUUUUUUACAAGACAUUGAAAUGACAAUUUCAUCUCUCCUGAGUGUUAAACAGUGUUUUAGUAUAAAAAUCUACCUUGUCCUGGCCCCAUCAGUACAAAAAUCUGCCCUGUCAAGUAGCUCAGGGCUACUUGCUCUCAGGAGCUUCUGGGGCCUGGACAAUUGGUACAUGGGGACACUAUCCCUUGUGCCAGCUGGACUGCUGAAGCAGCACUGAGAGUUCCCUGCACCCUCUACCCACUGCAGCAGUCUGGCAGUGGGGGCUGCUGCCUGGCCGUGAUCUGCUGUGCACCUGCCAGACCUGGAUGAGACAUCUCCCAUCUGGGCCAGCUGCCAGUGGGUUGUGGCAGCAGAGCUGGCCUUUGUGUAGCACUACUGCCAUGUGUGCCCCCUGCCCGGCCAUCUGGGCAGCUAUCACCCAAAAGAUGUUCCAGGUGUUGUGGCCUGCUUUAAACUGUCAAAGCAUGUCCUCCUGGCCCCAUUUGGCAGGAGCCAAUGGAGGAUGAGGCCAGGCAGGGCAGCAAUCCAGGGGGCUGGGAGAACAAGCAGGGGUAGGGGAUGUGGGCCCUGCAGGGGGUGGUGGUAGCCCCCAUGGGGGCUGUGGCCCCUGUGGGAGUGCUGUAAUCCCUGUGGGGAGCUGUGGCCCCUGUGGGGGACAGCAAAACAUAUAGGUAUUUAGAAUUCACUUUAUUAUGAUGAUAGAGACACCGAUAGGCUUCCAAAUUGCUUUAACACUGGAGAUAUAUCAAUAAAACAUUGCCCAACUGA